AUGGUUCAAGCGGUAAGUCAGACAUGUGCAUUCACAGAAUCUGUUUUGGAAGAGAUGGUUUAUUUGAACUUGGUGGAACCCAAGGACGUAAUUGCAGCUCCCCCCACAGUGCGUAUCGUGCACUCAGGCGUGGCCUGUAAUAUUGAAGAAGAGCGCUACUCUGAAAGGGUCUACACUAUUCGGGAAGGAGAAACCCUAGAAUUGACCUGCCUGGUUACUGGACACCCACGUCCACAGAUCAGGUGGACCAAAACAGCAGGAAGUGCCUCUGACAGAUUCCAAGACUCAAGUGUCUUCAAUGAGACUUUGAGGAUUACAAAUAUUCAACGACACCAAGGAGGCCGGUAUUACUGUAAAGCAGAAAAUGGAUUGGGGUCCCCGGCAAUAAAGUCAAUCAGAGUGGAUGUGUACUAUUUGGAUGAUCCAGUUGUAACUGUUCAUCAAAGUAUAGGUGAAGCUAAAGAACAAUUUUACUAUGAGAGAACUGUGUUCCUACGGUGUGUUGCCAAUUCAAAUCCACCUGUUCGGUACAGCUGGAGACGUGGUCAGGAGGUAUUAUUACAAGGAUCUGAUAAAGGAGUUGAAAUUUAUGAGCCCUUCUUUACCCAGGGUGAAACAAAGAUCUUAAAACUAAAGAAUCUUCGACCUCAGGACUAUGCUAAUUAUAGCUGCAUUGCUUCGGUGAGGAAUGUGUGUAAUAUUCCAGAUAAGAUGGUGUCAUUUAGGCUUUCCAAUAAAACAGCAUCUCCGUCAAUUAAACUCUUGGUGGAUGAUCCUAUAGUUGUAAAUCCUGGAGAGGCCAUAACAUUAGUGUGUGUUACAACAGGAGGAGAGCCUGCACCCUCUCUCACCUGGGUCAGGUCCUUUGGGACUCUGCCUGAAAAGACUAUUUUGAAUGGAGGAACUUUGACCAUUCCUGCCAUCACCUCAGAUGAUGCUGGUACUUACAGCUGCAUUGCCAAUAAUAAUGUGGGAAACCCUGCAAAAAAGUCCACCAACAUCAUUGUGAGAGCAUUAAAAAAAGGACGAUUUUGGAUCACCCCUGAUCCUUAUCACAAAGAUGACAACAUCCAGAUUGGGCGUGAGGUGAAAAUAUCUUGCCAAGUAGAAGCUGUUCCUUCUGAGGAGUUAACAUUUAGUUGGUUUAAAAAUGGCCGUCCAUUGAGAAGUUCUGAGCGGAUGGUGAUUACACAGACUGACCCUGAUGUCUCUCCUGGAACAACGAACUUGGAUAUCAUUGAUUUAAAAUUCACGGAUUUUGGGACAUACACAUGUGUAGCCUCUCUGAAAGGAGGAGGAAUAUCUGAUAUCAGUAUUGAUGUUAAUAUUUCCAGCAGCACAGCUGAACCACUGAAGCCCAUUGGUUGCUGGAAAAUUAAGAUUUCAGAGGUUACCGGGAGCGUGAAAAAGAGUGAUUUUGGCGCAGGCAUCAUGACCAUGGUUUACCAAGCAAGGAGUCUUGCUGCUGGGCACUGA